UGUGUCUCGUGCGGCGUGAUUGAGCAAAAUGCCAGUAUGUUCCUUGGUGUUGGUUCAUUGUAUGAUUUCUAUUUUUCUUCGUUUGUAGUAGUAGUGUAUUUGAUUCAUACCAGUACACUCGAAGUAGUGAAACUUGUGCAUUGAAGAUUAGAUAAAAGUCGACAGAUUCUUUCGAAAGUUCUUCGGAGUGCAAAAAGUGCAAUAUUCUUGAUGCAGCGUAGUUAAAAUAAAUAAGUUUUCGAUCGAAAUAUGUGAUAGUGUUAGUCCAGGUAGUUUUUUAAUCGACGAAAUUACAAGCUAAUCGUUGGUGUUUACAAAAUGUGUGAUAUUAAAUUAUAAUCCUUAAAUUUUUUUCGAAAUAAAAAAAAAUCAGUGGAAUCGAAUCGUUGAAUUUCGCGAUAAUGGCAGCAAAUAAUCGUAAUAAACUGGACGAGUAUCAUCUAAAAAUAUUACGAGAAUUAUUAACGUAUCCAGCCAACAAGUACUGCUUUGAUUGUCAUCAAAGAGGGCCUACUUACGUAAAUAUAACAAUCGGCUCUUUUGUUUGCACCAGAUGUUCUGGAAUGCUACGUGGAUUGACUCCUCCGCAUCGAGUGAAAUCGAUUACCAUGGCUACAUUCACUCCGGAAGAAAUCGACAUCAUGAAAUCCAGAGGAAACGAAUACUGUAAAAAUCUGUGGCUCGGAUUGUACGACGCUGAAAUACCAAUAAAAGACGAACAGCAAAUAAAAGAUUUCAUGAUAGCCAAAUACGAAAAGAAAAGGUAUUACGCCGAUCCUGUUAUAUCUAAUACACAUUGCGUAUUAAAUUUCGCAAACGGUUCGAGAACGCCGUCUUCGAUAUCAUCUACGUCUUCUUCAUCGCAUAAUUCUCCGUCCAGUCAAAAUUUAUCAGAUUCGUCGACGAAAGCGCAGCCUGCAGUACGGUCUCAAUUUUCAUCUAAAGCCAAUUCUGUAACGUCGUCGACGAACAGCAGUCAGUUAUUCCCGACGAAUUUCGAAUCUCCGAUGUCGUCUUCAGCAUCGUCCGUUGAUCCUUUUGGCUCGUCCGGAUUGGAUUCUUCGUCGUGUUCCGAAUCGUCGUUCGCUAAUUUCGAUAAUAAUCCUGCCUUCGGAUCUAAUAGAAGUGUUCCAGCGACUCGAAACACGAUCGGAAAUGGAGGCGUUUUUACUAAUUACAACAACAAUUUCGCCGGAUUAGGUUUAUCUUGGGCUUUACCCAAUAAUACGCUGUAUAGACCCUCAUAUAAAGGGUUACCAUUGAAUUUCGGCAGAUGGAGCAUCGCGACCGAUAACAAUGUGAGUUUUGGUAAAACAAACACCGAAUCGAAUGUUCCUGCUGAAGACAAGUACGCUGCGUUAAAAGAUUUAGAUUUCCAAAGGAAGAAUCAAAUGCUUGAAAAGCAACAACAAGAAAUGCAGCAGAAGAUGAACUCUAGUGCAGAAUGGGGAUCUGGUACAAACGGUAUUAAUUGGCAGACAGUAUUUUCUAAUCAUCCGGGAGUAAAUUCAGAACCGUCCACUCCUUUCAAUCCAUUUGCAGCUGGAGAUAUAAAUGCUUGGAAUCCAUCCACCAAUGGUACUGUUAAUCCGUUCGGUUCUAAUAUUAAAGAUGUAUGGAAUGGUAACAUGAGCUGGCAACAUUCAAAAAAUCAAAUACAAAGCGCCGUAACUUCGCCGAAUGGAUGGAAUAAAGAUGUAGCUAAUCCUUUCAAGUUUCAAAUGGGAAUAUGGACCCAAGCAAAUGGUCAGCAUCAAUCGAGCAACCCAUUUCUAUGAUCGAAUGAGAAUUUUUUCGUUCUUCAAGAUCUGAAAAAUUUACUUGGCGUUCUAUCAUCGAUUCUUCUCUUUUUUUACCAUUUUGUAUUCGUCCAUUUUUUUAAAUAUUGUUUUUUUCUCUUUGUCUUUUUUUUAGUUAGAUUUUUUUUAAUUUAGCGAACGAAAUUUUACAUCUUAGUUAAUUUUUUUUAUUGUUGCGAAGGAACGUUUGGUAUUGAGUUCCUAAUUUUGGCGCUGAUUGGAUCACGAUUAACGUAAAAUUAAUCAGAGAGUUGCAUUUAAAAAGUACAGCAUCGAUUUGCUCGCUUUGAAAGCCUCGAUGGCUGUUGAUGAUUUCGAUUGUUGUAUCUUUAACCUUUAUCUACUCGAUGUAGGAAUUAUAUUUGCGCAAACGAACAUAAAAUACGGUUGUAGUUAAGUUAUAUACCUGAUUUUUAUAAGUACUUUAGUAUACCACUUCUCUCCUAUUAUAUGAAAAAGUUGAUGUAUUAUUUUUUUAUUUCUUUUUUUCCUCGUUUCGUCUUAUAUACAUAUUCGUGUGUAAAUUAUUUUACCGAUAUAUUCGUAAUUUUUAUUUAUUAUUAGUUUAUUCUUCUUUUCUUUUUUUUUCUCUUUUUUUAAAUGGGCUGAUGUAAGGAAUAAUAUCACCUGCACCAGGCGUGCGGAAAUGGCAAGUUGAACUUGUUGAAAAUUUAGUAUUUCUAUGGAUCUGAAAAAUAUAUUAAUUUCUAAAUGGAAAAAAUCCAUGAUUUUUCGAGCAACAGUCAAGACUGAAAAAUUACAUACGCAGAACAAGUUGUACAUUUUUUUAAAAGUACGUAAAGGUUAGUUCAUGUACGAUAUCGAUACGAAUCCAGUUAAACUGAUGAAAAGGUUGUAAAUGUUGUAGGAAUACUCGUAUCCGGAUACGAUUCGUGAGUAAUUCAUAGUUUUUUUUCUCUUUCGUAUUUUUAUUUCUUUUUUCUUUCUUUUUUUUAUGUACGUAAUUGUUCGAUAUGUGUUUUUUUAAUGACUUUUUUUCUUUCUUUUUUUUUCGUUUUUUAUUUCUGUGAUAUUAAGUACAUUAUAGAGAAAACUAACCAUUGUAAUGUGAAAUUUUUUUUUAAAUCAAUAAAUAUUGCACUGUUGUAUUACAA